AUGGAGAACAAACAGAGUCACCCUGUAAAACUUUAUGCCCUGAAUGACCGCAUACAGUGGGAGAAUCAAGGCACAGGGUAUGUCACCUCAGUUGACAUGCAAUCCCAGGGCAUGUCUCUAUUAGUUACUUCAGAGUCCAGUGGCUCAUUACUCCUGGAAUCGAAGAUAUUGCCAGACACACCAUGUCAGAAACCAAAGGACACCUUAAUUGUUUGGUCUGAAGCUGAGAACCAUGGAACGGCACUGAGUUUCCAAGAAGAAGCAGGUUGUCAGAAAAUCUGGGAAGACAUUUGCCGCAUUCAAGGUAAAGACUCUUUAGUCAGUAUUACACAGGACCUCUUGAAUGAUGUAGAAAUCUCUGAGGAAACACUAGAAACUGAUAAUAUGGAUGACCUGCCUAACUGUGAACUCAGUGAACUUGAAAAAAUUGCUAGCUUUGUAAUCUCGGCUUUCUCUUCGUCUGACAGUAAGAGAAAGGUGGCCUUGAUCUUGGAAAAUGAGAACUAUAUUAAAAAACUACUGCAGCUAUUCUACUCUUGUGAGAAGCUAGGAUACACUGAAGGCUUAUACCACUUGCACACAAUUAUGAAAGGAAUCUUAUUUCUCAACAAGAUGUCUUUGCUUGAAACCAUGUUUUCUGAUGAGUGUAUCAUGAAUGUGGUGGGAUGCCUUGAAUAUGACCCUACUUCGCCUCAGCCAAAAAGGCAUCGAGAAUUCUUGACCCAAAAUGCAAAGUUUAAGGAAGUUGUACCCAUAACAGCCUGUAAACUUAGGCAAAAAAUACACCAAACGUACAGGGUACAGUAUAUUCAACACAUCCUUUUGUCUGCAUCAUUUGUGAUGGAAGAGAAUUGUCUCUCUGCUCUUAAAACUUUUAUAUUCUUCAACAAGUUGGAGAUAGUCCACAUGCUGCAGAGAGAUGACAACAUUUUGCCUCAAGUUUUCACACAGUUAAAGGCAAAUUCUACUAAUAAUGAUAAACGACAUGAACUGAUACUGUUUUUCAAAGAAUUCUGUACAUUCAGUCAGAUGUUAAAGCCUCAAAGCAAGGAUGCACUAUUCACAACAUUGACACAAGUGGGAAUUCUUCCUACUCUGAAAACUGUAAUGAGCCUGGAUGAUUUGCAAAUAAGGACGGCUGCUACUGACAUAUUUUCUUACCUAGUAGAGCAUAGUCCAUCCAUGAUCUGAGAAUUCAUAAUAGAAGAAGCCCAGCAGAAUGAACAAGGCAACCUUCUCAUUAAUUUAGUAAUUAAACAAAUGACCUGUGAUACUGAUCCUGAGCUAGCAGGUGCUGUUCUUAUAUUGGAACUUCUUCGUUAUCUACUUGAUCCAGGCAAUAUGUUAAUAACACCUAAGUGUGAAAGAAGUAGAUUUCUAAAUUUUUUCUAUAAACGAUGUAUGCAUAACUUCAUAGCACCACUUUUGGCCGCUACUUCAAGAGAUAUAUUUGAAGAGGAUCAUAUAUUUGGAGCUGACAAAAACAACAAAAAUUGCUUCAGUGCUCUUCGUCUUAUGAGAAGCAUGAUUGGCCUUAAAGAUGAAAUUUAUAAUAGGUACAUCAUCAAGGGAAAUCUUUUUGAGCCAGUUGUAAAUGUUCUUCUGGAUAAUGGAACUCAGUACAAUAUGUUGAAUUCAGCUGCCCUUUCACUGUUUGAAUACAUAAGAGCAGAAAAUGUAAAGUCUCUCAUUGAGCAUAUAGUUGAAAAGUUUUACAAAAAACUUGAAGGGAUUGAAUAUGUUCAGACAUUCAAAGGUUUGAAGUUUAAACAUGAACAAGAGAAAAACCGAAAAAGUCAAGUACAGAAGCAUUUGAAUUCUAUGGCAAAUAGUAAACUGUGUUUCAGAAGUGCCAAAGUCUUGGAGGAGAAAGGUCUGUUUAAAGGAAAUAUAGAGGAAGGAGAAGCAAGAAUGUCACCACUGGAAAAUGAUUUUCAAGAUGUUUAUGAUAAAUUUAUGGACAUCAAAAAAACAAUGGAACAUGAAGACAAGGUAAAUCUUUGUAAAAAGACAUCUUCCGAUGACUACAAAUUUACUUUUUCCCAUUUUGCUGGUGCUGCUAAUGAAACAGAUAGCCCAGUUGGUAGUACCAUAAUGAGAUUAGUGGAUUAUCCAGAUGAUGAGGAUGAGGAGGAGGAGGAGCAUACAACCCUCAGGAAAAGACCACAUCUUGACCCAUAA